AUACAGUUGCUGCUCAAGUCCCUUCUCUUUGUUCUGUGUUUGCACUGCCUUUCCGUCUUCAAAUUCAGUUUACAAUCAUAGAGAUGGCGAAAGAACUAGAACUCGGGCAUUCUGAAAGAUUGAAUGGAUUGAUUGAAGCUGCAUCAGUGCUGAGAAUUGCAGGAAAGGAUAGCUUUGUAGUACCAGCAUGGAAAAUUGGAUGUAAAUCCUUGAGUACUGUUCAACAAGAAGAUAACAAAGACGAGGCUGACAUAACUGAGCAAAGAGUGCAGAGUUUCAAUGCGAGUUUCAUGGUCAAUAUCGAUGAUCUUGUCGACAAUGUUUCUGAAAGCUUAGAGAAAACAGGAAAUAAUACAAUGGAUCAAUCUCCUUCAGAAGAUCCAGUUUUCUGCUUGCAGAAGAAAAUGCAAAUUGAACCUACCUUACCUAUAGCUCUCAAGUUUCAAGAUGUCAAAUACAAGGCUAAUGCAGAAAAGCACAUACUUAAUGGAAUUAGCGGGUCAGCUAAUCCAGGUGAGGUUCUUGCUCUUAUGGGACCGUCAGGAAGUGGAAAAACAACUCUGCUCAAUCUUCUUAGUGGAAGGAUUAACUUUAACGGGGGUGCCAUCACUUAUAAUUGUCGACCCUAUACCAAGUCCUUAAAGCGAAGGUUUGGGUUUGUGACACAAGAUGAUGUUGUGUUCUCUCACCUUACUGUCAAAGAAACUCUAACCUAUGCUGCUUUGCUUCGUCUUCCAAAAAACUUAACAAGAGAACAGAAAAAGGAAAGAGCCAUGAAUGUUAUAAGCGAGCUAGACCUUGAAAGGAGCCAAGAUACUGCGAUUGGUGGAAAAUUUGUGAGAGGGAUAUCUGGAGGUGAAAGAAAAAGGGUCUGCAUUGGCCAUGAGAUCCUUCUCAAUCCAUCACUUCUUUUCUUGGAUGAGCCAACAUCAGGUCUGGACUCAACAACUGCGCUCCGAAUUGUUCAAAUUCUGCAGAACAUGGCAAAGGAUGGUAAGACAGUGGUGACUACAAUCCAUCAGCCUUCUAGUAGGCUGUUCAGUAAGUUUGACAAACUUCUUCUCUUGGGAAAAGGAAGCUCCUUGUACUUUGGAAAAGCAUCAGAAGCAAUGUUGUACUUCUCUUCAAUUGGUUGCAAUCCACUAAUAGCAAUGAACCCAGCGGAGUUUCUGAUUGAUCUUGCAAAUGGAAAUGUAAAUGAAAAAUCAUUUCCUUUAGAGUUGGAGGAUAAGUUCUUUCUUGAGAACAAAACUACAAAGGGCCUUCCUUCACCUGCUGAUGUCCAUGAGUAUCUUCUGGAGGCUUAUGAAGCAAAGGUAGCAAGAAUGGAGAAAACAAAAUUCAUAAGGCCUGCUGCAAUAGAUGGUGAGGUACAGAUUGUUGGAAAGUUGAAUCCAUGGGAAUGGGGAACAACUUGGUUGGAGCAAUUUUUUGUUCUUGUCAGCAGAAGCUUUAAAGAAAGGCGACAUGAGUACUUCAGUUUUAUGCGUGUAACACAAGUUGUUGCCACCGCUAUAAUAAUAGGAUUACUUUGGUGGCGUUCUGAUGCUUCAUCUCCUCAGGAUCUUGAAGAUCAGGCUGGAUUGUUGUUCUUCAUUUCAGUGUUUUGGGGCUUCUUUCCUCUAUUUACUGCGAUAUUCACAUUCCCACAAGAAAGGGCCAUGCUAGCGAAAGAGAGAGCAGUAGGAAUGUAUAGACUCAGUGCAUAUUUUGCUGCCAGGAAUAUCAGCGAUCUCCCUUUGGAUCUAAUAAUGCCUACGGUGUUCAUGUUGAUAGUAUAUUUUAUGGUUGGAUUAAAGAUGAGCUUUACUGCAUUUUCUCUGACCACGCUAACGGUUUUUCUCAGCAUUGUGGCCUCUCAGGGUCUUGGACUUACUAUAGGUGCGGCGUUCAUGGAUGUAAAGAAAGCAUCAACACUUGCUUCCAUUAUUAUUAUGACCUUCAUGUUAUCUGGUGGAUUUUUCCUUCAGGAUGUUCCGUCCUUUAUGUCAUGGAUACGCUACGUUUCUUUCAAUUAUCACACAUACAGGCUACUCCUGAAGAUUCAGUACUCUUUCUUAGAUUCAUCUCCUGGACUGAGUUCUCCUCAAUCUCCCCUUAUCACUGAUUUAAGACUAGUUCAUGGAAGAAAAGAAGUAGCCGCAAUGAUGGUGAUGAUUGUUGCCUAUCGCCUACUAGCAUACUUGUUCCUAAGGAAAAUGAAGCAAGGAAAAUUAGCUUAAGUAAAUGAUUUUCAACAAGUUCAUCAAGACACGAUUGGUUCUCAUGUACCAGGCUAUUGGAAUGAGGGGAAUGAAGCUAGUAAUCCAUGCUAAAAUAUCCAAUCAGAUGAUGAUAGCUGGACUAGAAUCAUGUUUUAAUUAGUGGGUAUUCUAUCAAUAACAUAUCUUUUUCUGGUCC